ACAUUAAAACCUGAUUUUACUGAAACUGUGCUGCGAAGGAGAAGCCGCAAACCAUUUUUUGUCAAUCUAGGGUUCUUCUUCGUUCUUGCAGAUUUCGCUUCCGUUUUCACUAAUCGAUCUGUGAAGAUGUUCUCCGCUCAGAACAAGAUCAAGAAGGACAAGAAUGCUGAGCCAACAGAAUGCGAGGAGCAAGUUGCUCAGGCUUUGUUUGAUUUGGAGAACACUAACCAGGAGUUGAAAAGCGAGUUGAAAGAUCUCUACAUCAACCAAGCUGUUCAAAUGGAUAUCUCCGGAAACCGCAAAGCUGUUGUGAUUUACGUCCCAUUCAGAUUGAGGAAAGCUUUCCGCAAGAUUCAUCCCCGCCUCGUCAGAGAGCUUGAGAAGAAGUUUAGUGGAAAGGAUGUCAUCUUUGUUACCACAAGAAGGAUCAUGCGUCCUCCUAAGAAGGGUGCUGCUGUUCAGAGGCCACGUAACAGAACUCUUACCUCUGUUCAUGAAGCUAUGCUUGAAGAUGUUGCUUUCCCCGCUGAGAUUGUUGGAAAGCGUACUCGGUACCGUCUUGAUGGUUCCAAGAUCAUGAAGGUCUAUUUGGAUGCCAAGGAGAAGAACAACUCUGAAUACAAGCUCGAGACUAUGGUGGGUGUGUACCGUAAACUUACCGGCAAAGAUGUCGUUUUUGAGUACCCAGUCGAAGCUUGAAAGAAGAUGAUGAUGAAUCAUCAGGAUAGAGAAAGAGAGCUUUUUAUUCUGUUUUGUGGUAUUUAGGAUGAAGGAAACUCUCUUGAUUCAGUUCCUUAUUCACAAUCUUUAAUGUUUUAUUUACAAUGACUACUUUUUGUGCUUUUCAAUUUUGAAACCUUCUUUAUAAUUUCAGAUUCAUUCCAAA